AGGAGGGGGGUGGGCGGUAGCGUGAACGCGCUCUUCCCCGUGUCUGCUGCUCAGUGGAGUGACAGCCAGCUGUGCGGCUACAACCACAACAACCGCCUUUUGGAUUUGACACAUUCAAAACUGGAAUGGUGUUGGCCUGCUCCUGCUGAACAGGAAGAGGGAAAGAAGAAGAACAAAAGAAGUCAAAGUUGACGAGGGCUACUUUGCGACAGCGCAUCCUCAGCGCCGCUAUCGUGUUUUUGCGCUAACGAGCGUGAAGAGCAUUCCUCCAACAUGAACCCGCCGUGUGGCAGAUGUAACAAAAUCGUUUACCCCACGGAAAAAGUGAAUUGUCUGGACAAGUACUGGCACAAAGGAUGCUUCAAUUGCGAGGUCUGCAAAACAACUCUAAACAUGAAGACUUACAAAGGCUUCGACAAGAAACCAUACUGCAGCGCACACUAUCCAAAAACAACCUUCACCGCUGUGCCGGACACUCCAGAGAAUCUCCGCCUCAAAGAGGCUACUAAGAAUCAGAGCCAGGUAGCCUACAAGGAGGAUUUUGUGAAGAAUAAAGGGCGAGGUUUCAGCACGGUCAAUGAGACACCAGAGCUGCAGAGACUCAAGAAAAUUCAGGACCAAGUCAGCAACGUUAGGUACCAUGAGGAGUACGAGAAGAAGCAAGUCGGGAGUAAGAGACAACCACAUCCCACCAGCCCAGCAAACGCUCCUUCAGCAGCUUUCCAGCCUCCUGCGGCCUCUCAGAACUACCACUAUGAUCCUACUCCUGAACCGGUUCGCCAGGCGGCCGCCGCCCCACCUCCCAGCACUGGGAAGCGUUACAGGGCCGUGUACGACUACUCUGCUGCCGACGAGGACGAGGUGUCCUUCAUGGACGGGGACGUGAUCGUGGAUGUGCAGCAGAUCGAUGAGGGCUGGAUGUAUGGCCGCGUGGAGCGCACCGGCCAGCAGGGCAUGCUGCCUGCCAACUACGUGGAAGCCAUCUGAGACAGAGAAAAGGAGGAAGAAAGGAAAAGCCCAGUGCCAUCUCAUCUUAACGCCGCUUUCUCUUGAUUUUACUCUUGUUCUUUAAUCUGUUCUGCGACACCCUGAAUCUCCCCACCCCGCCCCUUUGCACCCCCGCUCUGCCCCCACUCUAGGUCAGUCAGCAGCACCUGUCUGUCUGUCUGUCUGUGCUGAUGUCUCCAUUUGGAUGUUUGCCAUCGUGUCCGGGGUCGUGUCGUGUCACACAGUUCAUCUCUUCACUGUAGCACUUAACCCCAAUACACCCAAACACAAGAACAAGAAAGAACAAAAAGUCUUAAAA